CACGGGGAAGCCGCCCGCACCGUCUCCGUCAGGCCGAGCUGAACGAGCAGGCGCAUUAACUUCAGGCUGUCAAGCUACGCUCACCGAAAGAGCUGCGCAUGCGCUCCAACGGAGCUGUUCUGUGCGCCUUUCCGCUUCCGGGUCAGAGGGGGUCGCCAUGGCGGUGCUGGCUUCCAACCCCAACAACCCCGUGGUCUUCUUCGAUGUCACCAUCGGCGGGCAGGAGGUGGGCCGCAUGAAGGUGGAGCUUUUCGCCGACGUUGUGCCCAAGACGGCCGAGAACUUCAGGCAAUUUUGCACGGGGGAAUUCAGGAAAGAUGGUGUUCCCAUCGGUUACAAAGGCAGCACUUUUCACAGGGUUAUAAAGGACUUCAUGAUCCAAGGAGGCGAUUUUGUAAACGGAGAUGGCACUGGAGUGGCCAGCAUCUAUCGGGGACCAUUUGCCGACGAGAACUUCAAGCUGAAACACUCGGCGCCCGGCUUGCUCUCCAUGGCCAACAGUGGUCCUAGCACCAACGGCUGCCAGUUCUUCAUCACCUGCUCCAAGUGUGAUUGGCUGGAUGGGAAACACGUGGUUUUCGGUAAAAUAAUUGAUGGGCUUCUAGUCAUGAGGAAAAUUGAGAACGUGCCCACUGGGCCGAAUAACAAACCGAAACUCCCCGUGGUGAUUGCCCAGUGUGGAGAAAUGUAGGUCAAAACUGCAGCCAUGUUUUUUGCCCCUGGCGUGGAGGAUUGGUAGUCCAUGUGGCCUCUCAGCUGCAGGGAGCUGCUGAAAGGAGUCAAAUACGGAACCACGCAUGCAAGUUUCCUUAUUGUCUAGCUUGGCACAAAGUUCUUGCUCUCUAGAAGGCAGGAGACGGAAGCUACUGGGAGCCUCCUUCUCCACACCGAGUGGGUCAUCACUGAGGAGGCGGCCCAUGCCAGCCCUGCCCCUGAUUCUGCAUCAGCUUCAAAUCUGGAGAAAAUUUAGUACUGGGGACUAAUUGUUUGCCUCUUUCCUGA